CACACUAAUAAUGAAUGAUCAAAUUUGUGUGUGUCUGUUUAGUAAUUUAGUAUUGCGUAAUAUAUUUGAAUUCGGUGACUUUAAUUUAAAUCCCCUCUAAAACAAGUGUUAAUCCUUAAGUGUUUUGAAUUGGUUGUGGAAUCAGCCAAGUCUACAAUUUGGUGUAGAAAUUAUUCUUAUAUUUAACAUGAGACAGACUUCCAUUAAUUCUCAGUACAAACUAUAUGAAAUGGCAACUCCCAAACCUGUACCUUCCCCCCAAGUACACACCGAAGUUCUGUCACAGAGUGACCCGAGAUUCCGAGUUAAACCAUUCCAACAGAUGGCAGCAGCGUGCACUGGAGCAGUCAUGACGUCAUUGAUCAUGACCCCUCUGGAUGUUGUCAAGAUACGGCUGCAGGCCCAACAAAUGGCGUUGUUAUCUAAACAAUGCUUCAUCUUCUGUAAUGGAUUAAUGGACCACGUUUGCCCCUGUCUUGGAGGGGACCAAUGGUAUCGUAGACCCAGUCCCUUUACUGGCACCUUGGAUGCAAUAAUCAAAAUUUCCCGCAAUGAGGGCAUAACCUCCCUCUGGUCAGGGCUAAGCCCCACACUGGUCCUGGCAAUACCUUCAACGGUUGUGUAUUUCACUACUUAUGAACAGCUGCGCACUCGACUAAAUGACCGCUAUAAAGACCCUGUGACCAACAAGCAGCCUAUCUGGGUGCCAAUGUUGUCUGGACUGACGGCACGGUUCUCCGCUGCGACUUGUGUGAGUCCUAUGGAGCUCGUCAGGACAAAAAUGCAGUCACAGAGAUUGAGUUAUCUCGAUGUGCAUUAUGUGAUCAAGGGCCUAGUGAAGCUACACGGGUACAAAGGGCUCUGGAAAGGGCUAACAGCUACUCUCUGCAGGGAUGUGCCAUUUUCCGGUAUUUACUGGGUUUGCUAUGAGUACCUGAAAUCGUACUUCUACCCUGAGGAAAACGUCACAUUCUGGUUCAGCUUCCUGGCCGGAAGCGCAUCUGGCACUAUCGCUGCAUUUAUAACCACACCCUUUGAUGUCGUGAAAACCCACCAACAGAUCGACAUCGCAGCUCAAAUAUAUAAAGAUGAAGAGAUGCAGAAGAAGCCAAAGAAAUCGAUGUUCUACUGGUUUCGCAGAAUGUACGCAGAAAAUGGUGUGCGAGGUCUAUACACCGGACUUACCCCUCGGGUGGCCAAGAUCGCUCCUGCUUGUGCCAUCAUGGUUUCGACAUUUGAGUAUGGCAAAAACUUUUUCGAAGUGUAUAACAUGAAUAGGUACAAGCGCCAACACGAGGCCGAGUUUUAAAUUGUCAAAGCUAAGCCUUUAGCUCACUUCCCGAACAUUACAUUAGAAUUUUUUGUUUGAUUUUUGUGUGUUUUAAGUUUGUUUUUGUUCAGUUCUUGAUAUACUUCAUUAAUUUGAAAUACUCUUGUAUAUAUUCAGUUUUUAUUGUUAAGAACACCCCAUUUAAGACAUUUACUGCUGAAAAAAUUACAGUUGACAUUACAAAUGGAUAGUAAUGGAAAUGAGCCAUAACUUAGCCAAACGACUCCUCUAGAUAAUAAAUGGUUUUCAUGAUGACGUCACCGUUGAUAGCACGGUUCCGUGCCACGCGCCCACAGCACAGCCCUCUCAACAUGCAACAUUGUCACAGCGCUUACUCCCCGACUCAUUCCACUCUUAGGUUUACAGUUUAUAACCUCUAAAUAUUGUUAGCUGCAAUAUCAUAACAGAUAAGAGAUCAUUAUUUAUUUACAGCUCUUCGACCUCCCAAAAAUAUUUGUUUUUGUUUUGGUGGAGUUUGUCAAAAUAACAAAUUGGACAAAAUGCAGUUUUUUCUGGUACAGAUAGGGUAAGUGCUUGUUCAAUACAUUUUUUGCACAAACUCUGCAUAUUUUUCUUUUCUGGUAUCGUUUUUCAUUUUGGACUAGGCCGUGAAGAGGAUUUCUCCAAAGAAUUCGAGCCGGCACUUUUGGCUUUGGGAGUAAAAUUGCGUCUACGAAUUUGUCUAUAAAAUCUUAAAAACUUAUUUUUUUUCUUAUAUGUAUUCAUAUUCAGGAAUAACAAACAAUUCACCAUAGAAAUUUGAAUAAUAUGUACAAAUAUUCUUUUGUACUACCUGAUGGUUUUUCUUUCUAUAAGGUAGUAAGACAUCAGUUGGUCUGCUUUGUCUAUUCCUCUCAUUUGGGCAUUAUAAUGUACUACAGGUUUAGGUUUUCUUUUUGUUUUCCAUGGUAAUCAUGGUAUUUUCAAACUGAGUUUUGAUGUAUAGAACAUUCCGCUCAUCCCUCUAUUUUUCCUCUAAAACCCUCUUUCAAUGUGGCUGUAACAACGGGUUGUGGGUUGAACUUACUCGUAAGAUGUCUGUAGAAUUCGUUUUGUUGGUAAGCAGUUUACUUGCAAGUCUCACGCUGUUGUCAAAAUUGUCCAUGUAGGGAGCAUGGCCUUUGUUCAAAAAGUCUCGCAUGAGGUGCAAAACAACAUUUCUUUAGUGUCCUCCUCCCCCCCCCCCCAAAUCGUCCAGUCUUCUAGAGUAAACUAUAAACCUCACAAUUAAACCCUCAGGUUCACAGAGAGUGUACAAUUUUAUCCCAUAUUUAUGGUGCUUUCCUGUCACUUACUGCCUAAACUGCGGUUGCCCUCUUCACAAAAUCAUCACUUUGUAGCAACAAAGAAGCAAUAAACACCAUACCGAAACUGUGCAGCGUGCUAGGAAGAAACCAACACAGUUGGGAGGUUAUGUUCAAUACUAGAACAGAGCACACACACAUUCAACCUUCUGCGAUGCAUGCUAAGCUCACACUGAAGUCAUUUGUGUCGAGUGACAUUGCGGCAUGGUUUCCGUGCAAGACACUCCUAGCGGGAAAGGGUACGGCAUGGAUCCGUGCCCCUUGCACCGGACAAUUUAAAAUGUUUUAUGCAGUGGAAUAAAUUCUGGGUACAUAUCACUGCCUCAUAAUCUUUUUGUUUAUUUUGUAACAAAACCAAUUUAUUAUGUUUUAUUUUAUUAAUUAAUAGGUAAUAUAAAAUUCUCAUUAAGAUGUAAGAUGUACUGUUCCUUAUGUCUCGUACAUAGUACAAAUUGAAGAAUUUAAUAAAGAGUUUUAUAUGAUUAAGAAAAACAAUCUUGUUUGAAGGCUGAGAUCUUGUUUAGGCGGUUAUUACAUUACAAAAUAUAUACAUAGAAAGACAUUCAAUAGUGUAAUACCUACCUAAUCAUGACAAAACUAUUUUUGUAAAUGGUGCACUUUUUAUAAUAAUAGCACCUUUUUGUAAUAUAGUAUUGUUUUAUCUUAGACUUAUGUUAGGCCUUACUUGUUAUUAUUAAGAUAUGUAUGUAUAUAUUUUAUUAAGAUCUAAGAAUAUGUGAUAUUUAGUACUAAGGCAUUACUUAAUUCUAAUUAGUUAUAUCUUAUUUUUAGCAAAAAGCUUGUGGCUGUCCUUGGUUAAGUUUUACACAAAGAUUGAUGUAAUAAUUUUUGCAAUAAGUAAGCAGUACAAAUAAGUAAACUUUUGUGUAAAACCACUGUAGAUAUCAGUAUGAGUUUCAUAGGUACAGUAUGAGAAUGUUUUCUGUUUUACUGUAGAAAUAGAAAUCUUAAAAAAUGAAAAAAUUUUUAUCAAAUGUUUUUUAUAAGUCAAGAGUUUGACAACAAGAAGUGCUGGACAUUGUUUAAUCGUUUAUCUUUUAUGUAACAAGUUGUUCACUGCAUUUAUAACUAUUUAAUUAUUAACCCUUUUAGUGCCAACACCCGUAUAUACAAAUGUUUCAGAAAUAAAAUUCUAUGACACGCUCAUUUUUUAACGUAAUAUAAAUUUGUUGAUUGUGGUCACAAUCAGAAUGACCCAGAUUUGAAGAAAAAAAUAUUUACAAAAUUAAUUAACUGUUUGGUUUUUAAUUUCUUUUCUUUUCUUUUCAAGUGAUAUGGUGUUUUUGUGAAAUAUUUUUUCACAAGUGCUAUUUCUCAUGAGAAAGUGAGAAAAAAUUACUGGUUGAAAAUCCCAGAAUUCUUGGAAAUUACUUCAUUUUUGGUCUGGCACUAGAAGGGUUAAAGCACAACUAUUUAAUUGUUGUAGACAAAACGUGUUACUUGAAUACGUUUAAUGAGUAUAAUUAAAGUCCGAAUCUGUUUGUUAAAUCAUGUUUAUCAUGUAAAAGUUAUAAAAUAAAUUAGUUGUCUUCACUGUCCUUAGUUUUUCAUAUGUUUACGUUGUUAUUUUAUAGUUAAAAUUGCAUUCACAAAACUUU